AUGCGAAGUACGAGUAACGAGGCGAGGGAGGCGGUAGAAGUUACAAAGGGUGGGUUUGCCAGUUCAGAGGCAGCUGCCGCGUCACCUCCCACGCCGAAUCCUACAGCGCACACCAUCCUCAUCCUCAUCCACAUCCACAUCCAGCCAUCAGGCCAUCCAGAAUCAGCCAUCCAGAAUCAGCCAUCCAGAAUCAGCCAUCCAGAAUCAGCCAUCCAGAAUCAGCCAUCCAGAAUCAGCCAUCCUCACCACGCCGACCCCCCCAAACCACCGAGAAGCCACAAGUCUUUCCGCACCAAGGUCAAGCUGGCCAAGGCCCAGAAGUCCAACCGCCCCAUUCCCCAAUGGAUCCGUCUCCGUACCGGAAACACGAUCAGGUAA